AUGUCUUCCUUGCCAUCUCAACAUCGCGCCCUAGUGCUCGAAUCAGUAGGCUCAGACUUCAUCAUCAAAUCUUUGCCAACAACUCUCCCAACGCCUGGCAGCGCCGUCGUUCAAAUUCACUGUACCGGUGUUCUCUCGUACCAUCGUGAAAUAUACAAUGGCUCACGCCCAUAUCCAUUUCCUCUUCCUAUCGUCGGAGGCUUCAGCGCUAUUGCUCGCAUCGUCGCACUUGGGCCUGAUGCAGUUUCUCUCAAUGAAGGUCAAUUAGUUUAUGUCGAUUGUGUUGUGCGUGGACGUGAUGAUCGCAGUACUCUUUUUUUGAGUGCUAUCCACAACGGAUUUAGUGAGGGCAGUAGGAGUUUGAUGAGAGAUGUUUGGAGAGAUGGUACAUUCGCAGAAUUCGCGAGGGUACCUUUGGAAAAUUGCAUUGCACUUAACGAACCGAGACUCUGUGGAGAACUGGGAUACUCGUUGCAGGACUUGAUUUAUCUUUGUUACCUUCUUGUUCCAUAUGGCGGAUUGAGAGAUAUCAAAUUGGAACCAGGUGAGACGAUUGUGAUGUGUCCGGCAACAGGUGGAUUUGGUGGUGUGCAAGUUGCGGUCGCGAUGGGAGCUAGGGUUAUUGCUAUGGGACGGAAUGAAGAGGAAUUGAAGAGGUUGAAGCAACAUAUCAAAAGAGGGACUCCAAGUGCAACUAUUGAAACUGUCAAAAUGACAGGUGAUGUGGAGAUGGAUGCGGCGGCUCUACAGAAAUUUGGUACAAUCGAUGCUGCAUUAGAUAUCUCUCCACCUGCAGCAGCUCAAUCAACACAUUUGAAAAGCGUAAUUAAUUCGCUUCGAAAAGGCGGAAGAGCUAGUCUCAUGGGUUCUGGAGGGUACCACAUUAACGACUGGAAAAUCAUGGGGGAUAACAUCACGUUGAAAGGGAAACUGAUGUAUGAAAGAGAUGAUAUUGUACAGUUAGUGAAAAUGUUGGAGAACGGGUUACUUCCCAGAGGAAAGGAUUUCGUAGAUGUGAAACCAUUUAGCUUGGAGGAGUGGAAAGAAGCUUUUGAUACGGCUGCAGAGUUUACCGGUGUUGGCAGACUUGUUGUGAUGAAACCAUAA